GUGAAGCAGACUCUGUAACGAUGGCCAGAACCAAGCAGACCGCCCGUAAGUCCACCGGAGGAAAGGCUCCCAGGAAGCAGCUGGCCACCAAGGCUGCCCGCAAGAGCGCCCCGGCCACCGGCGGCGUGAAGAAGCCUCACCGUUACAGGCCCGGUACCGUGGCUCUGAGAGAGAUCCGCCGCUACCAGAAGUCCACCGAGCUGCUGAUCCGCAAGCUGCCCUUCCAGCGCCUGGUGAGGGAGAUCGCUCAGGACUUCAAGACCGACCUGCGCUUCCAGAGCUCCGCCGUCAUGGCGCUGCAGGAGUCCAGCGAGGCUUACCUGGUCGGCCUGUUCGAGGACACUAACCUGUGCGCCAUCCACGCCAAGAGGGUCACCAUCAUGCCCAAAGACAUCCAGCUGGCUCGCCGUAUCCGCGGGGAGAGGGCUUAAACUGACCGCAGACCAACCAACACACAAC